CCCCGACGCGGAAAUUAGCCUUCCCGCCUGGGCUCGGGCGGGCGCCCGUGGACCUUCAGCGCCGUCCACCACCGCUCGGCCCGCCCCGGCGCUGGGGGCCGGGUACCCGGGCGGCGUGGGGCUAGGCUCUCUGAUUCAUUCAUUCUCCGCCGACGGGAGCCUCGGACCUGCUGUGCUCGGGCGAGGAGGGAAGAGUGGGCAGCCGCGAAUGAAGGGCCGGGCGGAAGCCGGGCUCCAUUGUGCUCGGCGGCGGGGGGCGGGAAGGGGCUGAGGGAGGUGGGAUCGGCCCCCUCCCCCUGCUCUCCGGCACCCGCUGCGCCCCCAGCCUGCUGCCAGCCUGGAAAUGGCUCCGUUUAUUCUCGGGAGAAUGAAUCGAUCCUGCCCAGCCUUCUCUGCCUCCUCCCCGCCUCUUCUCGGCUCCGAGUCUUAGGAGGGAGAAAAAAAAUAUAUAAAAGACAGAUUCCAAUGUGGAGUGUUGUGCACGUCGCGAGCUGCCGGGUUUGCACCUCGAGGAGAUUUUUCUAUAUAGCCUUUUUCUAAUGUGAGUGCAGGGAAGCAGUGGCAUUGCUGCUUUUAGGAUUUUUAUUUUCUCGUAGGGCUCUCUCUAAAGUGCACGUCGCAUUGGGUUGCACGCUCCACCCCCCGGGACCUGGGGUGGUGGAGAAAUUUGAACCCGCAGCCUUAGUAGCACCGAAAAGACCGAGUUACCUGCCUCUCCGAGAGUGGCGGAGGACCUGAGCGAAAUGACCACCCAAGUCAUUUUUCCUAGGACUCUGUGAAGCUGGAUUCUGCGUUUUCCAACACGUAGACUCAUUUUGUGGAAUAGAGUUGACCGCUGUCUCCUCCGCGCAGCAUUUUAACUCUAAUAAGCAAAUGCCACCUCUGUGUGAACGUUUUGGUAUUUCUGAGAGAGAAAUCAUUUUAUACAAGGGAACUAAUUGAAUUGUCAGCAUUACUGAAAUACCUCCAGAAAAGGACCUCGGGGGGUGGAAAAGCAACUGCGAAAUAGCAGACGGAGAAAUUCCUCUGGAAGUUAUUCCGUAGCCUAAGAGCAGAAACUUCAGAGCAAGUUUUCAUUGGGCAAAAUGGGGGAACAACCCAUCUUCAGCACUCGUGCUCAUGUCUUCCAGAUUGACCCAAACACAAAGAAGAACUGGGUACCCACCAGCAAGCACGCAGUUACUGUGUCUUAUUUCUAUGACAGCACAAGAAAUGUCUAUAGGAUAAUCAGUUUAGAUGGCUCAAAGGCAAUAAUUAAUAGCACCAUCACCCCAAACAUGACAUUUACGAAAACAUCUCAGAAGUUUGGCCAGUGGGCCGAUAGCCGGGCAAACACUGUUUAUGGACUGGGAUUCUCUUCUGAGCAUCAUCUUUCAAAAUUUGCAGAAAAGUUUCAGGAAUUUAAAGAAGCUGCUCGACUAGCAAAGGAGAAAUCACAAGAAAAGAUGGAACUUACCAGUACACCUUCACAGGAAUCAGCAGGCGGGGAUCUCCAGUCUCCUUUAACACCAGAAAGUAUCAAUGGGACUGAUGACGAAAGAACACCUGAUGUCACCCAGAACUCAGAGUCAAGGGCUGAACCGACUCAGAAUGCAUUGCCAUUUUCACAUAGUUCAGCAAUCAGCAAACAUUGGGAGGCUGAACUGGCUACCCUCAAAGGAAAUAAUGCCAAACUCACUGCAGCCCUGUUGGAGUCUACUGCCAAUGUGAAACAAUGGAAACAGCAACUUGCUGCAUAUCAAGAGGAAGCAGAACGUCUGCACAAGCGGGUGACUGAGCUUGAAUGUGUUAGUAGUCAAGCAAAUGCAGUGCAUACCCAUAAGACAGAAUUAAAUCAGACAAUACAAGAACUGGAAGAAACACUGAAAGAAAAGGAAGAGGAAAUAGAAAGAUUAAAACAAGAAAUUGAUAAUGCCAGAGAACUCCAAGAACAGAGGGACUCUCUGACUCAGAAACUGCAGGAAGUAGAAAUUCGGAACAAAGACCUGGAGGGACAACUGUCUGACUUAGAGCAACGUCUGGAGAAAAGUCAGAGCGAACAAGAAGCUUUUCGUAAUAACCUGAAGACGCUCUUAGACAUUCUCGAUGGGAAAAUAUUUGAACUAACAGAGUUACGAGAUAACUUGGCCAAGCUUCUAGAAUGCAGCUAAGGAAAGUGAAAUUUCAGUGCCAAUUGAUUAAAAAAUACACUGUCUCCCUUCAUAGGACUGUUUGGGCUCUGCAUCAAGAUUGCACAAAAAAUUUAAAUAUCACUCCUCCGGGAGGAGGAUUUUUUUGAAAAUUGGAAUUGUAUAUUUCAGUGUAAAUUUUAGAAUCCAGCUUUUAGCUAGUUGGGGAAAAAAGAGAUGAAACACUUGAACUACAAAUUACCUCCAUGUAUAUUAUUGGCCAUAGUUAACUAGAAAAUUAUAAAUAGACACUUAAUGCAAUCCUUUUCUUCUUUUUCCUGAUAUUAGCCAAUGGGAGAAUUAACAAUGUCUGGGUCACAUCCCCCUUUUGUGUUCAACACAGUGAAGGCUAUCUGCUUUUUAACUUAAUUUAUUUAUGAUAUCUAAAGCUGUGUUUUGUGCAAAAAAACUUAGUGACGAAAGCCCUGUCUUUUGUUAUAAUCUGAAUAAUUUCUCAGGAUAUUUUUGCACUGUUGAGAAGCAGUGUCAUUACCAGUUAAUUCUUGCCAGGAGUGAGAGAGAGCUGCAUCUUUAAUUGAAACAUGCUUGCUGUGACGGGGUGUAUAGAGCUCUUCCCCUUUUUUACGCGGGAAGAUAUUUCACUCUGGUGACCACUCUGCUACACUCUGGUGUUCUCUAACCUUGUCACUGUAUAGUUUACUUUUCCAUAUUGAUUCCAUGUAUUUAUGAGAAGAUACUGUCUCCCAUUUUAUUACACAUUUUAAAGCCAACUAAUGAAGGCAGCUGAGUCCCUCAGAAAUUUUUCUUUUUAAAUUUCUAAUAAAUUUGACACAGUACUGAAAUGCAGCAGCCCGUCACUGACGGUCUGGUCUAGCAAUGUUAAGUAUAUUUACAGAAUAUGCAGUUACCUUUAUUUAUAUAUUUUGCAAGAAAUCUUUUCUGAAUGAUCAACGCAUUUCAAUUUACAAAUAAUUAUGGUUAUUGGGGAACUGUUUAUUAUAGAUCAUUUUCAGGUGUAUAGCUAUUUUAAAGGGAUCCAUUUCCAUCAAACAGCUGACCAGAGGACGAUUGGGAUUGAGCCGUGUACUCUGUCUGGAUCUUCACGCCAACCAUCUCUCUAGUCAAACCUCACAAGGCAACAUUCUGAACUGUUAACUGGGCAUUUCAACACAGGAAUUCAAUUCAAUAGGCUCUUCUCAGUGAACAGGUUUUAAUGUUGUUUUGAUGUAAUUUUAAAAGACUUUUAGCGAAGAUGCAUUUCUUUAUAUAUUUCUUUUAAGAAGCUAUUUUAAAAGUAAGGCACGUGCUGUUUAGUCUGCAUAUGGAGUAGGAGUUGCAUCAGAGUCCAUGUAUUCUCGCUGUACAAUGCCUGCGAUGUUGAGGAGGGUUCUUUUUUAAAGUGUUUGCUUGGGAAUCUGACUCUGAGGAGUCUACAAAGUGCACUGACUUUUGGUUUGUACCCCCAAAGGAUUGAAUUGUUAAGAACAAAAUUGAGCUAAUUAAUCAAUUUGUAACCAUUUUUUCACUCACAAACAGCUACUCAGCAUAGGCAAUUUUGUUUUAUAUAUGUAUGUGUAUGUAUGCAAAUACAUACAUAUUAAUUUAUAUUAGAGUGAAAAAUAAAUGGUUUGUUUCUAAAGUUAGUUUCUAAAGUGAGUUUUCAGAUGUCUCUGAAAAGUUUUUAUCAGACACUUAAUCAUCAUGUAUUACAUGUGCUAUGACAUCAUGUGAGUUACCUCCAUCUAUUUUAGGGUAUUUUCCUCACCUAUGUAUUACAGGGAAGGUAAUGUAGGUACACAAGCUCAGAGCUGAGAUAUUUCUCUGACAAAUCAGGUAAUAAAAUUUUAUUUAAUUGAUAGAAUUUUGAAGUAGAUGUGAUUUUAUCUAUCAGUUUCUGAGUAACAAAGAGCACCAGAUUUUGAUUUAAAUAGGGGAUUUAACUCUAGGGAUCAGGGAAUGUAGAUAUGAAGAGUUAAAAAUAAAUAAACAGUGUAAGCUGUUGAAAUGGUAAGUGAAUUAUUUUAAUGAUGUAAUAAGAUAUUUUUAAAUUUUGA